AUGGCGGCCCGCUCGAUCAAUAUCACCGAGGAUGACUUUUACGACAAAUUACGCGAUCCCGUGUUUUAUGCACGCGAAGCGGACGCCGAUGAGCACGAUAGUUACAGUUUUGUUGGAGAGAUACUCUAUACUUGGUCUUGGCCUAUCUCGCGUCUUUUGGAAGGUGAUCGCAGGGGGACCAUGCAGAUCUUUCCGCAGAUGACCUUAGCCUCGUCGAAGGUGAAGGACAAGGUGGAGCCAGAGGCAGAGGGCGAGGAUGGGAAUAAGGCUGAAAGAGAUGGCGAGGCGCGAACGGCAGGGGAAGUCAUACCUGAACAACAGAAGAAGAAGGAGCAAAAGUUCAGGUCUUACCCGGACUUCGGUGGCCUGAUUCUCCUUCGCUCGCCGAACGGUCCAAGGAAACACCUUGCAUUCCUUUGGGAGUGCAAAGCCGCGCCAGCUUACGUCAACUGGUCUGAUGUGGACGAUGGACUGACCCACGACGGCGCCUGCAAGGUCAUCAAGGAUUCUCUGCCUCAACUUCGCAGGCAGGCCGAAAUGGCGAUGAAGCAAUUCGAAACUCAGACAUGCCAUACAUUCCUCAGAUCGGGCCCGUUCUUCAGCCUUCUCGAAUUCAAGGAACGCGAGGACGUACCGCAACCUACUACACUCACAGAGUUGCCCUUGCACAGGAAUCUAGCGGAGGAGCUGGAAAGGGCGACCCGUAUUCCAUGCGAUCCCAUCUAUUUUGUACAGCCCAUCUUCCGCAACAUUGACCAGCCCAAUCUCCGUCUAACCGCUCCCUUUCUGGGCGCCUUACACUGGGUGGUUUCCGCUGAGCCGUUCCAUUUAGAGCUAUCCCAAACAUUCUUUUCGUUGCCGGACGACGAGCAGGCGGAAGGACAACCCUCCGACGAUAUACGAGACGAGGCACGGAAUUUAUUGAACGCUAAUCAAGAGCAAUUGACGAACGAGCUGGAGGUGUUGCAAACGGUUGCCAGUGACGACACCCCAGACGUUGUAGAUCCAGGGCACGGUGUUGACCCCAACUUCAGGGGCAGGCGCAACAAAUCAGAAGAGCCAUGUACGCCGAGCAAAAUCCGCCUUACACGCGGACUGCGAUCCAAGACUGGUUUGCCGCUUAUGGAACCUUUGAAGCUCGAAGGGAGAAAACGGGGCCCGGGCGCGAGGGUUAAGAGGGUGUUAAUCGUUGAGAAUGUCAAUGAUGAAGAAGAGGAUCAGGGCGAAUCCAAGGUUGACAACAAUGUAGACGUUGCAAAUACUGACCAGGCGGGCGUGCGCGAUGGAGGAAUGCACGACGAAGAGAGCAGGAUGCGCACCUAG